CCUCUUCAGAAAGGAAGAUCACAGGGCAACUGUGAGAAUCACACCGAGGGGAUGGGAACGCAGAGUCGCGGCACUAAUUAAGCCAUUUUUAAAUAGAAAUCUUCAUCGUAUUUACUUAACUCGGUAGAUGCUGCUGUUGUUUACAUUUAUUGACAGGGAUAAUUUAGGUUGAUAAAAGAUCGAGGGGCCCGGGCCUCAGUCCGCGGUCUUGAGUUGAACAGUCAUCCGACAUCAGAGCGAGUGAGUCGGUGUGUACAGCAGAGCCCUGCUGCACAUCAUGGGCGACAGUAGAGAUUCUCAUAGUCCAGACAGCUCAUCCGUUUCCUCGCCACCAUCAGGUCAGCGUUCGCCCCCGUUGACCCCUUCAGCCGCCGCCAUGACUUCCCUGCCACCCAUCACUUCAGCCGUGAACAGUCCCAUCAGCAGCAUGGGCUCACCCUUCUCAGUCAUCAGCUCCUCUCUGGGUUCUCCUUGCCUUCCUGGAACUCCCUCGGUAGGCUACGGCCCCAUCAGCAGCCCACAGAUUAACAUGUUUCGCAGAAACACAGAGAUCAACUCCACCGUGUCCAUGUCGGGUCUGCACGCCGUCAGCAGCUCUGAUGACGUCAAACCGCCCUUUGGUUUGAAGCCAAUGUCCGCCCACAGCCCAGGGCCCAUGCUCUCUCAGAAACGCUUGUGUGCCAUCUGUGGAGAUCGCUCCUCUGGCAAGCACUACGGCGUGUACAGCUGCGAGGGCUGCAAGGGCUUUUUCAAGCGCACUGUGAGGAAGGACCUGAGCUACACAUGCAGAGACAGUAAGGACUGUCUGGUGGACAAACGCCAGAGGAACCGCUGCCAGUACUGCCGCUACCAGAAGUGCCUGGCCAUGGGGAUGAAGAGAGAGGUGGUCCAAGAUGAACGACAACGAUCUGUUCAGGAGGAGCGUCAGAGGAACAAGGAGCGGGAGGGAGAGGUGGAGUCCACCAGCGCAGCGAACGAAGAGAUGCCUGUGGAGAAGAUUCUGGAAGCAGAGAUGGCCGUGGAGCAGAAGACUGAGCUGCAUGCGGAUGGCAGCUCAGGGGGAAGCUCUCCAAAUGACCCAGUCACAAAUAUCUGCCAGGCGGCUGAUAAACAGCUGUUCACUUUGGUGGAGUGGGCAAAACGGAUCCCUCACUUCAGUGAGCUGUCUCUGGAUGACCAGGUCAUCCUGCUGCGUGCUGGCUGGAAUGAGCUACUGAUCGCGUCUUUCUCUCAUCGCUCCAUCGCGGUGAAGGAUGGCAUUCUGCUGGCCACCGGCCUCCACGUGCACAGGAACAGUGCUCACAGCGCUGGGGUGGGAGCCAUCUUUGACAGGGAGAGUGCGCACAAUGCAGAGGUUGGGGCCAUAUUCGACAGGGUGCUGACGGAGCUGGUGAGCAAGAUGAGGGACAUGCAGAUGGAUAAAACAGAGCUGGGCUGCCUGAGAGCCAUCAUCCUCUUCAACCCAGAUGCAAAGGGAUUGUCAAGCCCAAGUGAAGUGGAGUUACUGAGAGAGAAGGUCUAUGCAUCGCUGGAGGCUUAUUGUAAACACAGAUAUCCCGACCAGCAGGGCAGGUUUGCCAAACUCCUCCUCCGACUGCCAGCGCUGCGCUCCAUCGGCUUAAAGUGCCUGGAGCACCUGUUCUUCUUCAAGCUGAUUGGAGACACCCCAAUCGACACCUUCUUAAUGGAAAUGCUUGAAGCGCCGCAUCAGCUCACCUAACCUGGACCAGUCUCGAUCCAGUUCAAUCCGGUUUGCACCAGGGUACCGCAGUCCCCCCGGACUUUACUGUGUCUCACUUCCCAUUAACACCUUCCCCCACAAUUCUCUCCCACACGUUAUCCCUACCGCACCUUCAAACCAGUACAGCCCUGAAAAAAGACUCUAAGCUGUCUGAAAAAAAAAACAACUUGUUUUCCAUGUAACGUUUUACACAGUAUGAGCUGUCCAGAGAGAUCUUAUUUUUCAAAUUCCCUGGAGGUUCUAAAUCAUAAGCUUCAGCUUCCAGUUUUAGAACUCUCGUAUUGAUUCUAGAGAUCUCCGUGUGUCGUUUUGGUUUGUAUGUUACUCUGAAUGCACGAACUGUACUUUUUUUUCGUUAGUCACUGCAGCCUGUCGGCUGAAUUUGCAAUGCAUGUGUGACGGGGGCGAGAGUCCGCCGAGCCCUUUGGCUGGUACGAAUCAAGUGGCGGCAGACCUGGCCGUUCGUUUUUGACUGUGGAAUACUGCUAACAUGCUAUCUUUGGGAUUUUUACCUUGAAAUCCUACUUUGUACUGUACUCAUGAAAUGAGUCCGAUUUAUAAACGGCAUUGGAAAUUCUCGGCCUGCUGCAUCUGGCCCUUAUCAAGUGCAGGCUAUGGUUUUACAUUUGUGAAUAAAUGUAUGCAGGUUUUGUUGGACAUGAAUUUUUGAUCAUGUUCCAAGGAGGGCCUAAAGGCACAGAUUAAAUCUUGCAGGAGAAUCCUGCUUUUUUUUUUGGCGGCAAUAGGAGGGUCGACCUUGUGUUUUUCUUGGUUUUGGUACCUUCUAGAGGACCUUAUACCUUUGCCAUUUCUUAAUUCCCCCAAGUUCCUUUGAUCCAUUUCAUCAUCAGUUUGUCAAAUGGAAACCAAAUCUACACCAUGCCCCCCAAAAGACAAAUAAUUUAUAGUGUGUAUGUGUGCUGUGAAGUAUGUCCAACCACUCUUGUCCUUUCCAUGUGAACGGUGUUACAGGCCUUUUUCUUUUGUGUUGAUGAAAUCAGCUCGUCAUCAUGCUCCUUUGGAAUUUACUGGUACUAACUUUGGCAUAGUAAAAAAACAACAGUGAUUCUGUUCUGUUUAAAGGCUGGAAUUGCAAUACAAGAUUUUUAA